UUAUAGAUAAAACUUAGUAUCAGAUGACUUCCUUAUUUCGCUAUCAGAAUUACUGAAAUGUUUAUAAGCUAAAUUCCAUGCAUAAAAAUCAUUCCCCAGUGUUUUGAUACAAGCAUCAAUUGUCCUUUUACAGGUAACCAUGAAGUUCCUUGCUCUCUUCGCUCUUUUUGCUGUAGCAGCAUCCCGGCACAUUCAACUCGAGCCAAAGUUAAAUGAGCACUGGGAAAAUUUCAAGAAAGUAUUCGGCAAAGUCUAUGAUGAAAGAGAAGAAAUACAUAGACGUAUGAUCUGGGAGAAAAAGGUGUCUGACGUCAUCCGACACAAUCUAUAUUACGAUCUUGGAUUACACUCUUACAGGAAGGGCAUCAACGAAUAUUCUGAUCUGGAGCACGAUGAAUUUGUAAGAACAUUCAAUGGCUUCCGCCGUCAUCUUGGUCAGAAAAGCAACGCAUCCUCUUGGGUUCCUGCAUUCAACGUCCAGAUUCCAGACCAGGUCGACUGGAGAACCAAAGGACUCGUGACUCCCGUUAAGAAUCAACAACAAUGCGGUUCGUGCUGGGCUUUCUCAACCACUGGCUCUCUGGAAGGUCAGCACAAGAAAAAGACUGGCCAAUUGGUUUCCCUCAGCGAACAGAAUCUGGUUGACUGCUCCGGACCAGAAGGAAAUCAAGGAUGUGAAGGAGGUCUGAUGGACCAGGCUUUCCAAUACAUCAAGGACAACAAGGGCAUUGACACAGAAGACUCGUACCCAUACACUGCUGAAGAUGGAACUUGUCACUUCAAAAAAUCCUCCGUCGGAGCAACCGUCACUGGAUACGUAGACAUUCCAACCGGAGAUGAGGAAGCUCUUAAGCAAGCAGUUGCCACCGUUGGACCCAUUUCAGUUGCCAUCGAUGCCAGUCAGGACAGUUUCCAAACCUACCAAGAUGGUAUCUACGACGAACCCGAAUGCAGCUCUGACCUUUUAGACCACGGCGUUUUGGCUGUAGGUUACGGCACCGAAGAUGGAUCUGAUUAUUGGCUUGUUAAGAACAGUUGGGGAACAAGCUGGGGUAUCAAUGGUUACAUCAAGAUGUCCAGGAACAAGAACAACCAAUGCGGUAUUGCAACCCAAGCCAGCUAUCCACUCGUUUAAAAAACAAUAUAUUUCUUGAUUUAUUCAAAAAUAUAAUGCAAAUGUUUUUUAUCACUAUCACAUAGAAAAAAACUGUGCAUAUAUUUUUGUAAAGAUUAUCUUGUCGCAAUUUUGUAAAUGCGAAUAAUCUUGAAUUUUGUUAUUUUAAUAAAAAUGAUUUUUAACUAUA